AAAGUCUGUACCAUUUUUACCGCUGAUUUGAUGCCGGAAAACAAAACAAAAAUUGUGCAACAUUAUCGGCAUUUAUACCGAGUGAUUACACUGCCAUCGUUAUCAUUAGCUACCGUUCUGUGCCAACCAGCGGUUUCGGUAUAAUAAUACGUCGUGGAGUGGAGGUACAGCAAGGUCAAGUAUAGAGGAUACAGAGCCUCGCUGCUGCGGAGUAUGUUCUUGACGUGCACCGCCAGAAGACUAACGAGUAGUGUUUUGAUUCGUAGCUUUUUCCUUUCAUCGACCAUUGCUGUAGCCACCAUGGCUUCGGGACCGGCAGCACCGCACUACGAAGCUGGACUACACUCGAUCGCCUACGUCACUACGCCGAACGAAAACUCCGCAAAGGAACUGGCCCGUAAGAUUGUCGAGCAAAAGCUAGCCGCCUGCGUAAACGUAAUCCCCGGUCUAACCUCGGUGUACGAGUGGGAAGGUAAGAUAAACGAAGACAGCGAGACGCUGCUGAUGAUCAAAACCCGCACCAGCCGGGUGGACGAGCUGAGCAAAUUUGUCCGGGAAAACCACCCGUACAGUGUGGCCGAGGUGAUUUCGGUGCCCAUCGAAAAUGGUAACCCGCCGUAUAUGGACUGGUUGAGCAGAACCGUCCGGGAGAAGAAGACGUAAACUACCCAGGUAACCAAACCAAGCUAAUAAACGACUGAUUUCCUGCUUAUACGAAUGUUUAUUGGUUACCUAGGAAAACAAAAAAUAUCGUGGAAUGCAGAAAACAUCGUUUUUAAUA